AUGGAAGAAGCCAAUAUAAUGAUUUCUCGUGAAGGAGAAGCCGUAAAGGCGAUUAAAGAUAUUUUUAGUGGUACUGUUGGUGGUAUUGCGCAAGUAUUAGUUGGUCAGAGACUUCAAACGCAACCAGAACCGAAACCUGGACAACCACCUUUAUAUUCUAAUAUGUUAGAUUGUGUUCGAAAAACUGGCAAAGAAGGUUUUGGCGCAUUUUAUAAGGGAACUUUAACACCUUUAGUAGGAAUUGGUGCAUGUGUAUCAAUUCAAUUUGCAGUAUUAGGAUACAUGAAACGAUAUUUUGGUGAAAAGAAUAAGAAUCAGUUUUUAACGAAUCCACAAUUAUACAUAGCAGGUGCAACUGCUGGUUUGGUUAAUUCUGUAAUUUCAGGGCCAGUUGAACAUAUUCGUACACGCCUUCAAGUCCAAGUCACACCUACAAAACCAUCUGCUUCAACUCAGACUCAAUUAUAUUCUGGUCCAAUUGAUUGUAUCAAGAAAAUUUAUUCUUCAUAUGGAAUUCGCGGAAUUUAUAAAGGUCAAGUGAUUACUAUGAUACGUGAAUUUCAAGGAUUUGGUGGUUACUUUUUUGUAUAUGAAUACUUGUUGCAACGUGCAAUGAUAAAAGAAAACACAAAAAGAGAGCAAGUUGCCAAAUGGAAACUUUUACUGUUUGGUGCCGCUGCAGGAUUUGGGAUGUGGAUACCAGUUUAUCCAAUAGAUGCUGUAAAAAGCAAAUUACAAACUGAUGGCUUUACACCUCAAACAAGACAAUAUAAAAGUGCCAUAGAUUGUUUCGUGAAAGUUUAUAGAAAUGAAGGUGUAAAAGGAUUUUUUAAAGGAUUUGGUGCAUGUAUGCUACGUGCUGCACCU